AUGGCGAAAAAGGUAACCUCUGUCGCUCUCCACGCGAAGAAGAAGAAAACCCCCAUCAAAAAGAACCUCGGAAAAGCGAAAAAACUAGGAAAAGUAGUCGAGAAUGUCUUCAACUACAUGAGAUCUGAUACCUACAUGUUCGCGCCUUUGAUCUCAUUUAAUCCCACGCCUUUCCCUGAUUCUUUUGGAGGGUUUGUCGAAAAGGAGAAGAAGAAAUUAGGAAAGAAUGUGAAGGAGUAUUUGAAGAGCGAUUGCUAUAUGUACGCCUCAAUAGCUUCGGUUAGCCCUCUUAAAGGCCAUGAAUGUGAGGAAAAGGUGGACAUAGAUAUCACUGGUAACGAGACAGAAUCAAGAGUGGAGGAACUUAAUAAACAACCCGAUAGCACCAUGGAUAGGCGUAAAGAGAUUGAGAAUGGAGAAAUCCAUAAUCGUGCUAACCGAGUUGUGGUCAAACACAACCUGCUGCAUAGGGAAACCGUGAAGCACGUGGUUCAUCAGAAUUGUGGAGCUCCUUCGGGCCCAGAAAAAGUUUCGCCGCAGAAAAAGGGCCGCCGGGCUGUUGAAGUGUAA